UACCGGAAACGCAAGACUUCUUGCAUUGUCUACCUCAGUUUCUUCUCCUGCCCAAAUUGCACAAACUGCAGCAGUUUCAUCUGGCCUUCUCCAGCCGGCCACAGUAGAUUUUCGAAGAAAACAAGCAGUGCCACGUACUACUAUUAGUUUCUGACGUCAUCAUCUUCUUUAUCAAGCUCUGCGUGGCUCUACUUUUUCCCGGUCUCAAGCUUUGACAGGAUCUUUCAGAAUUUACUUUAUCUAUCUUUUUCCUCAAGCUCAGAGUCUCACAGAUCUGAAUUGUUGACUUGCAGCGGGAUUUGUGUUUGUUUGAGCCUUCUGAACUCAGAUGGGACACUUUGAUGGACUCCCCAUCCCUCAAGACAAGUUGUACUUAAGGGAAGAGUUGUCUAAGAUAGAUGAAAGUUGGACGGCUGCACGUUUUGAUUCUCUACCACAUGUUGUGCAUAUUUUAACCUCAAAAAACCGUGAAGGGGAGUUGCAGGUCUUAAGGGAGCAGAGUGAAAUAGUUGAGGAUGUUGUGGAUGAAGUAGUGCACACAUAUCAUCAUGGCUUCAACAAAGCAAUUCAAAACUAUUCCCAGAUCUUGCGCUUAUUUAGUGACUCUGCUCAAAGCAUUGCAGCCGUAAAGGGUGAUUUGUCUGAUGCAAAGAAACUUCUGGGCACCCAUAAUAAGCAAUUGCAUCAGUUAUGGUAUCGAUCAGUUACUCUGCGACAUAUCAUUUCCCUCUUAGAUCAAAUCGAGGGAAUAUCUAAGGUUCCAGCUCAGAUUGGGAAGCUUGUUGCUGAAAAGAAGUUUUAUGCUGCAGUGCAAUUGCAUGUCCAAUCAGCUCUGAUGCUUGAAAGAGAGGGCCUUCAGACAGUUGGUGCUCUACAGGAUGUCAGAUCCGAAUUGACUAAGCUGCGAGGAAAUCUAUUCUACAAAGUGUUGGAGGAUCUGCAUUCACAUCUCUAUAAUAAGGGUGAAUACAGUCCAGCUCUAUUAAGUGUUAGUGAAAAGGAUGAUGAAGUGUUAACUAGAAGAUUUAUUACAAUGUCUCUUAACAACUUACAGCCUCUAUCCCGAAGAACUAGAUUAUUAAAAGGCGACAAUCAGUUUGGUUCGUUUGGUGUUUGUGAUGGAUCUAAGAUACCUAGUUCUGUUGAUGGGGGUUCAUUAUUUAAUGUCCAUGAUGCGCGUGGUACUCUAGAGCAUGGUGAUGCUACAUCAGAAGAUGCCAAUUCAAUAAGAGCCAAUGGUGGUGAUAUUGCUAUAAAGAAUGCCAAAAUUAUAUCCCAACAUAUUCCCAUGUGGCUAUCUGAUUCUACUCCGGAUGAAUUUAUCGAAGCAAUGAAGAAGAGUGAAGCUCCUUUGCAUGUGAAGUAUCUGCAGACCAUGGUUGAGUGCCUUCGUAUGCUCGGAAAAAUUGCUGCAGCUGGUGCUAUGAUAUGCCAGAGGUUGAGGCCUACCAUUCAAGAGAUAAUUACUACCCAGAUAAAAUCUCACGCAGAGAACAUUAAUAGUUCAAGGCAUGACAUCGGUCCAACUGCACAUACUGGUAUUACAGGCCUAUACUAUCUGAAUGGAAAGUUUGAGAGUUAUCAGCCGCCAAAACAAAAGGCCCAAAAUAGGUUAUCUUUGGCUGGAGUGGUUCUUGCCGUCAGUCCUGUUUCAUCAGUAAUGGCUCCUACAGGAGCAGCACAGGUUGCUGCAAAGGAGCUUCUUGAUUCAAUUUUAGAUGCUGUUGGUCAUAUAUUUGAGAACCAUGUUAUUGUUGGGGAGCUUUUUGAGUCAAAAUCCUCUCCACAGUUUGACUUGAACACAUCAAAGUCUAUGCCAACAAAUUCUAACUGGAACCUAGACACAGACAUAGCUAAUGGUACUGGAGGCUAUAAUCUUGGCUUUUCAUUAACUGUCUUACAGAGUGAAUGCCAGCAACUGAUAUGUGAGAUCUUACGAGCGACACCAGAAGCUGCUUCAGCAGAUGCUGCUGUCCAAACUGCUAGACUUGCAAGCAAAACAAAUUCAAAGGAUAAGAGAGAUGUAUCAGAAGAUGGUCUUACUUUUGCUUUUCGCUUCACAGAUGCUACUGCAUCCAUUCCUAAUCAGGGAGUGGACCUCAUCCGACAAGGGUGGAACAACAGGAGGGUAGCAAAUGUUCUCAAUGAAGGUUAUGGUACUACCUCAAUUUUACCUGAGCAGGGAAUAUAUUUAGCAGCAUCUGUAUAUCGGCCUGUUCUACAGUUUACAGAUAAAAUUGCCUCAAUGCUGCCCCAAAAGUACUCUCAACUUGGGAAUGAUGGGUUGCUGGCAUUCGUAGAAAACUUUGUUAAGGAUCACUUUUUGCCAGCAAUGUUUGUAGAUUACAGGAAAGCUGUACAGCAGGCCAUAGCAAGCCCAGCUGCAUUUCGACCACGAGCACCAGCAGCUGCUUCUUACACUUCUUCAAUUGAGAAAGGGCGGCCUGUUUUGCAAGGACUUUUAGCAAUUGACUUUUUAGCAAAAGAGGUUCUUGGCUGGGCUCAAGCAAUGCCUAAAUUUGCAGCUGAUCUUGUGAACUAUGUACAAACCUUUCUUGAGAGGACAUAUGAAAGAUGCCGAACUUCAUACAUGGAGGCAGUUCUUGAAAAGCAAAGUUAUAUGCUCAUAGGAAGACAAGACAUUGAACAUCUAAUGCGACUUGAACCAGCCAGUUUGUGUUUACCAAGUUCUCUUGGUUACCCAAACUCAGAAAAUAAUGCUUCUAGUGCUGGGAAUUCGGAGGUUGAGAAUGAAAUAAGUGAUGUAUUACUGAAGUUGAGGCCGAUCAAGCAGGAAAACUUGAUCCGUGAUGACAACAAGCUUGUCCUGUUGGCAUCAUUGAGUGAUUCAUUAGAAUUUGUUGCAGAUUCAAUAGAUAGGCUUUCAAAGACCAGUGGUCGAGCAACUAAUCAAGUGGAGGAGGAUGUGAAUAAGAAAACGCACAAACAUUCUAGGACAACAAGUUCCCUUCCCAAGGAUCUUGCUGCAUUUGCUGAAGAAUAUAAAAGUUUAUCAAUAGAUUGCCUCAAAGUUCUGCGUAUAGAAAUGCAGCUGGAGACUAUUUUUCACAUGCAGGAAAUGAUAAGUAAAGACUAUUUGGAUGACCAAGAUGCAGAGGAACCUGAUGAUUACGUAAUUUCAUUAACAUCCCUGAUAACACGCCGUGACGAAGAAAUGGCACCUUUCAUCAAUGGAUUGAAGAGGAAGUACAUUUUUGGUGGAAUAUGCAGUGUUGCAGCAAAUGCUUCAAUAAAGGCUUUGACCGAUAUAAAAUCUAUCAACCUGCUUGGAGUUCAACAGAUAUGUCGCAACUCGAUUGCGCUCGAACAGGCGCUUGCAGCAAUCCCCUCAAUUGACAGUGAAGCCGUGCAGUUGAGAUUAGAUCGUGUCAGAACAUAUUACGAACUACUAAACAUGCCCUUUGAGGCCCUACUUGCAUUCAUAAAUGAGCACGAGGACCUAUUUACAACCGCAGAAUAUUCACUUCUUCUAAAGGUAGAGGUUCCAGGAAGAGAUAUUCCAGCUGAUGCGGAGGCUCGUCUAACUGAGAUACUGCAUCUAUAAAAUUCCAACCAAAGGGAAAAUUCAGCCUGUCAAUUGUGCAAAGUUUGUGGAGGAAGAGAGUUUUAUUCGUUGUACAGGUAUAUUGUAUACUUGUGGCAGAUGCACCCAAGAGUUGGAGUUCCAUGUUGACCAUAUAGCAUCAAAUUUUCAUUUUUUCCCUUUUUCAUAUUGCUCUAGAGAAUUGAAAUAAUAAUAAACACUGCACCUAUUCAUUGUUUAAUUUGUCAAAGUUUUUUAUCGACAAUCGACAUUAUUAUUUUUUAGAUUGAAUGAAUGCCCUAUUAAUAUAUGAUGCUUGCUCCCAAAAUUUUACAUUA